UCCUGGAGUCGUGGCUUUUUGACGAGAAAUUGUGAGAAGAAAUGUCUCCAAAACUUUUGUAUGCACUGUUUCUAGUUUUACUCUGUCAUGCAAGCUGCAGCAAUGGACAGAAGAAGAAAGAGACGCUGCUGUCUGAGAAGGUUACCCAGAUGAUGGAAUGGGCCAGCAAGCGUGCCGUUAUCCGCAUGAACGGGGAGAAGUUCAGGAGGCUGAUCCGCGCGCCGCCAAGGAACUACUCCGUGGUGAUCAUGUUCACCGCCCUGCAGCCCCAGAGGCAGUGUGGGGUGUGCAAGCAAGCAGACGAGGAGUACCAGAUCUUGGCCAACUCCUGGCGCUACUCCAGUGCCUUCACCAACAGAGUCUUCUUCGCAUCCGUCGACUUCGAUGAGGGCUCGGAUGUCUUCCAGAUGCUGAACAUGAACUCCGCUCCGACCUUCAUCCACUUCCCCUCCAAGGGGAAGCCGAAGAGGGCGGACACGUACGAGCUGCAGGUUCGAGGCUUCGCCGCAGAGCAGCUGGCACGCUGGGUAGCCGACCGCACCGACGUACAUAUCCGUGUUAUCCGGCCUCCUAACUACGCUGGUCCUCUGAUGCUGGGCUUCCUUUUGGCUGUGAUUGGAGGGCUGGCGUACCUGCGCCGCAACAACCUGGAGUUCCUCUACAACAAGAACGUCUGGGCCUUCUCCGCUCUGUGCUUUGUGCUGAUCAUGACGUCUGGCCAGAUGUGGAACCAUAUCCGAGGGCCGCCCUAUGCACACAAGAACCCCAACACUGGGCAAGUGAGCUACAUCCAUGGCAGUAGCCAGGCCCAGUUUGUAGCCGAGACCCACAUCGUACUGCUCUUCAAUGCUGCUGUGACCCUGGGGAUGGUGCUCCUACACGAAGCGGCCACGUCUGACAUGGACAUCGGCAAGAGGAAAAUCAUGUGCGUCGCUGGCAUCGGCCUAGUGGUCCUCUUCUUCAGCUGGUUGUUGUCCAUCUUCAGAGCCAAGUACCACGGCUACCCCUACAGCUUCCUUAUCAGCUAAGUACAAAACCAAUGAAGACAAACCAGGCCUCAAGAAACGAAAGGAGAGACAAGAUUCAACAGGAAGAAGAGUCAUCAUGGUGGGGAAAUGUGCCUUAUUUUCUGUGCUAUUAGUUUUUUUGUUCGCUUUAUUUUUGUUGUUUUGUUUUUUUGGAGGAAUUAUUUUGUUAAUUUGUUUUUUUUUUAUCUGUGUCAUUUUGUGUUUUGUCAUUUUGUAUUUAAUUAUUUGGUUAGUGAAAAAGCUGUUGGAUGUUUUUUUUUAACUCCUCAUUUAAGCAAUCUUUUCAAAGCUUCACCGCAAGUAUGAAGCCAGUACGAAGGUUAUCACAUAUAGAGUGAGGGAGAAAGAGACCUUGGGAAUGCAUACAGUUGUUAAAUGAUUUUGAAAAAAUAUAUAUAUAUAAAAGUGAUUUUAGUGUGGUAUGCAUAAAGUCUUAAAAAAGGUGAUUUAAAAUGUAAAUUUUGAAUGGAAUAAGUAAAAAAACAAAAACUGAGAUAUCGUGGAAGUUGUGAGAUAUCAUGGGAGGGUAAAAGGGCACUGAUGGUCACAGAGAAGAGAUUUGCUUAUCUUGCAAUUGUGCAAAUCACUUGUUUCCAAAGUUGCAACACACACAAAAAAGUAGGUACAAUUUUCACUCUUGUUUGCAAGAGCAGUCCAUCUGUUGAGAGCUGAGAGGAGACAUGGGGCUCGAUAUCUAACUCGAUAUGUAACCUUCCAUCCUUUCCUAAUACUUGUGGCCUUGUGCGCCCCGCCUCGGUGGAGAAAACGAUACGGUUUCCGUGUUGUCGGCCUUGGCACAACAACUUUUGGAGGAGGAUUUUCCCCAUUCAACAUCCCAAUAGCAAAUUAGAAAAUCACCUUUGAAUUGUGCUGCUACAAGACACUGAAUAAAACUUCUAUCAUCAAUGAUGUCUUGCCUCGCACCACAAGGUCACAUGCAGACGGAGAGGACAGGAGAUUAGGUAUUGAUUUGGACCCCAUGCACUUCUGGUUUAUUCAUGUUGUGGUAGACGAAUGUAUAGUGGAUAUUGGUUGUAGACGUUGUUUGAAUGUUUCGGUUGAGCUUAAUUUGAAGGGGUUUUCAUUAAGUUGUCCAUGUAAAUGGCUUAAGAGAAGACCACACGCAUGUCCGGAACAUUAAUGACCUAUUACUCAUGUUUAUGACUGUUGUCUUAGGGGCUGUUUAUACAUAUCCGGGUAUUUUGAUAAACGAACAUUUUUCUUCUCUACGCUAUUUUCGUUCACAUCAUAGGCAAAUAUGUAUGCUGCGGAGAGCUGUCAUAAAUAUGUUAAGCCUGUGCGCAGUAAGGAGAAUGCCAUUCAAGUCUCCGUUUAUCUUGCUAACAGUAGGUUUUAAAAAAUCUCCACUUUUGCCUGAGUUUUUUUUAAGCUUCGUUCAAACCUCUGUUUCCAAACGAAAGGCACAAACGAAGGGGAAGGUCUACGUUUAUCAAAAUACCUGGGUAUGUAUAAACAGCCCCUUACUGUGCCAUUCGUUUUUUGGGAUGUCAUGACGCCAAAACAAUGUGAACUUAACAUUUCAUAGAGCGUAUGACACAUUUACAUCAACAGCCAUAAACGUCAACAAUGGCCUCGUUUACAUGGGACAUUUAAUUCAGAAUUAACUCCAUUUAAUUCUGAAUGAAGCUUAAUUCCGCUUUGAAAACGUCAUGUAAACACUUAACAAUUCGGAAUUAAAUGAAAUUUCAAUGUAAACUCGACGGAACUAUUCAAUUGUGAAUUAUUAAUUCGGAAUUAAAAACGUCACGUAAACGAGGCCAGUGGGUCAUUAAUGUUCCUGACGUGUCAUGUCAUUCUUACGACUGUUACAUGACACCCAUAUGUAGACCCCUUGAAAUAAAGUGUCAUUAGUGUUUUUUGUUUUCCAGACAGACAUUACGGGGAGGGCUGCUCUUAUGCCUCAGGUCACGCUUUCUGCCAUUCAAGUGCCUUAAUGAUAAUAAUUGAGAGAGAAAAAAAACACACACACACACACACACACACACAAUUGUUUCUCUGCAGUCAUCUGAGUGUGUCGGAAAGCUUCCUUUUCACUGAAUAAAUAAAUAAGAGAUUCUGGAAAUCA